GAAGGCGUUGGUUUAUUUGGGUUUUUUGAGUACAGAAGAGACCCAGGAGAAGCUGGACACAUAAUGUCCACUGAAUGGACUGCAGUGAUAGCGAUGGGAGCCAUUGGGAUGUCUUUUCAACAGCUGUUGACUGAAAAUAUUCAGGUCCACCAAGAGCAGAGGAGCCACGCCACAGAACCUGUGAUAGAUGACUAUAAAAAGAUGGGGACUCUCUUUGGAGAACUGAACAAAAGCCUUAUCAGCAUAGGCUUCACAAGGAUGUACUUUGGAGAACGGAUAGUAGAACCUGUAAUAAUUAUAUUCUUCUGGGUUAUGCUCUGGUUUCUUGGCCUACAAGCUCUUGGACUGGUGGCUGUUCUGUGCCUUGUCAUUAUUUAUGUACAACAGUAAAAUUUUGUAGAUACUAUUUGGAUUAUGUAUUUCAACACUGUCACUAUGUCAGUGGAUUUAUGUGUUUAAGUAAAUGGGUGGUAUAUCAAAAGCUGCAAUGCUUCAAAUGGCUGAACUUCUGAUGAGGGGGACUAAAAUUACAUUUUAAGCCAAAUCAGCAGUGCCCUACUAUAUCUUUUAGGGGGAAGAAAGGUGAUCUUUGUAUAAUGGUGUGAAAUGUACUGUUUUCUGUGCUCUUGGGGCCUUAGCCAAGGGAUUGGCUUUUCAUUUUCCCCUCCCCUCUCCCCAUGUUCUUGCUUUGUAUAGUGAAAAUUUUAUGUCUGGUUUUAAGAGGGCACUUAAUGUGAGUGUUCUGUUUCACUGCUUUUGGGGGGGUGGGGGCGGGUCAUGUGCUGUUUGUUCUCUGAAUCUGCAUAAUUUGUUAGUGUUUUGCUGAAAAGCCAAAUCUGCGCAAGGGAGGUUUGGUAACAAACCUGCAGUGACAAACAUUCGUAAAAUGAAUGUAAUUUCCAGACACAAAAGCGACUUUGGUUGGUGUACUUUAUAGUAAGCUCUCCCCCAGGAAACAAGCGGUACCAGCAAAAUGCCCUUGUACUUACUUGCCCUUAUAUGUUAGUGACUUCAAACAAGGCUUGAGCUGUUGUUUAGGAGGAGUUGCAGUCCGACAUUGGCCAAGGGGUCUAAUGUAGCGCUGCCUGGUUUUUUGGAAAUGUACUCAGUUCCUGCUGCUAUUUUUCUUUCUUUAUUUUUUGUACUUGCUCUUUCCCCCAGCCCUCCUUCUUAAGAUAAAUAUUUGGAUAAUUCAUGGAGUUUGUAGGUAGUUCCAGCUGCAGUGUUGGACAUUUGCCAUUCCAGAGAGCAGUGCUAGAAUGUUGUCUGCUUCCUCUGGGUGUUGAGAGAAGUGGCUGAACAACCAGAUAUCAGAAGAGAUCUCUCAGUGCUUCCCACAUUUCCUGCAGUGUGGGCCUGCACAAUGUAAAGCUUUGUGCACCUAAGCAAAUUGGACCUGGUUCCGCAUGUGAGGCAAGAAUGGAGUUGAAACCAUGCGGUCAUUUUAAUCAGUAGUCUUAACUGGUUCCUUUCCUUUGCUAGGCAGCAAAAAUGCCUACCUAUAGGUAUUUGUCGUGGGCCACACAACCUCUAGAGAACAGGUUCUAUAGAUUCAGGAGCGGGUGCAAAAUUCACUCAGCUCCCCAGUAGCCACUGGGUGUGCUAGGUAUUUCCAAGUUCUCUUCUUCUUGUGAAGAAAAACAGAAAAAUGGGACAGAAUCUUUACUACUACUACUACUACUUUACUACUAUUGCUAAAUAGGCUACCAAUUUAAUGUUUGCUGUAUAUUACUUUUAGCAAGAAACAUAAUUGCAAAAUUGGCUUCAUCUUUGUUAGAGUGAAUUACAUAUUUGCCCAAAAUGAUGUAAUAGGAGAUGUGAAAUUUACAGAAAAUUACUUAACCUUUUGCAGUGACUUUUUUCCUAAAUGUUUUUACAAUAAAGUAGUUGAAGAUGCUGUCUUAUUCGAAGACUUUUAAAGUUGAGGGAGAGUUCUCUAUAGUCGCAGUCCUGCACCCGGAUUCUCAAAUCCAGCUUUAUGCAUGGGUCAUUUUGUCUGUUAGGCUCUGUUUCUAGGACUCCUGGCCCCAGUUCUUACAGACUUUUCUGUUAGGGAAAUAAUUGUUAUUUAGGGCAGCGAAGAUGAAAGCCCAGCUCCUCUAGAAUCUUUUGAACUGAAAUUCUAUCUCUAGAUGUGUCUCUGUGCUUUUCUAAUGAACACGUAGUGUCCUUCUGAGGAGGCAGGUUACCUCUCUGUAUCUUCAGGUGACUGCAUGUGCACUCAAGAGGCUCUGCUGAGCCAGCAGGACUGAAGAGCACUGGGAGUGGGGCCCAGCUGUGUUGAUUGGCACCUGCUUAAAUAGUUACGCUUGGUGGCAGGGAAACAUUGGACAGCAAAAGGUGUUUCUGGAUACAGGGGGUUUUGUAGUUCACAACCUGAAGUCCCAAAGCAAACAGCAAGUACAGGCUGAGCUCAGAGCCAGGAGCUCUAUACUCAAAAGUGCCUAGGGGUAAGCUUUGGGUUUGUUUCAAGUCCCCUAGAAGGAAAACAUCUGUUUACAUCUUUGCAUAUUUGUAUAGAUAGAAUGAUGGGGUUAUGUGUAUUCUUCUCCUGUACAAGGGCUAUAUCACAAGAGCAUCCUGUUGUUAAAAUUUUUUUAAAAAUCCUUUCUUUCUUCCCACAAUCCAGUUACUGUACAAAGGAUCUCAUCUAAUGCUUUUCAUCCCAUAGGAAAAAGUGUGUCUGUGAUAUCCUUGUUGCAGUAGUUCUCUUGUGUAAAGAUGCUGUGCUGUGGGGUGGCAUGUGGUAUUUCCUUGAAGCGGUGAAUUUGCUCUGUACAUAAGGAAGGGGAACAGUGAACCACGGGUGUGACCAACUUCAGUGAGGACAUUGUUUAUAUGCAUGUGACCUUUCAGUACGAGCAGAACUGUGACUGUUGCACUCGUGAAUUCAGUACAGUUGUUUGUUCAAUGUUCGUGUUUGUGUACACUCUGGGGAAAGGUAGGGUAGCUUUGGGACUGAGAUUGUGUUGAGUAAAUGUCUUAGGUGGUUUCUCUUAAGGAUAACUAUGUCUUGUCCUUUAUAGAAGUUCUGCAUUUUUAAAAAUCUGAAAAAAUAGUGCUAGUGGUGUAAGGUUGGCUGAAAAUGGAAGAAGAAUUCAUUGCAUGGACAAUCCCCCUCUCCCGUUUGGUUUCAUGCAUUCCCAUGUAUAUAACAACUUGUACUGAAACGUCUCUCCUAAUUUUGUGCUAUUACUGUACUGUCUCCUUCUCAUUUCCAGGGAAGGCAGGAGGAGCUAAGGAAAAAGGGGAACUGGGAUAGAAUCAGACAUAAAGAGUGGAAAGUGGAAUGUGGUGAAACAAUGCGUAUAUGUGUCCAAAGAAAUCUGAUCAUAAAUGUGUGCCAAGAGUGAGGGGGAAAUGGGUGAACAGUCCUUGCUUGUGUUCUUUUUUCCAUACAGACAUAAUAGGAAGGCAAAGGAAGCACCAAAUGUUCAAAGGAUGUCCCUAGCUAAAAAACAGGAGGUUAAUUUUAAAAAAGAAAAAGACAAUUUCUCUGUUGUCCAUAUAGUAAAAAUUUAUAAUGUUAUGUAUGCUGUUACUUAUUGAUAGAACUGAGAGCACUUUUAUAUAUCUGUGUGUAGAACUGUAUGAAAGAAUUACGUCCCUUAAAUCUGUCUUAAACAACAAAAAACAGUGUAAUUCCUGUCGGUCAGUGUGACAUUGCAAGCGUUUUACCUAACCUCCAUUUUUUAAGGGAUGGACUCUUCAGUACUGUUUCACACCUGCCAAAUGCAUUAAUGGUUGAAAUAGUGUGUACUGAGAAGCUCUGCGGGAGAAUCUUGGAGAACCCUGUUUGCACUGAAACAUCAUCACAUCAAACCCGUCCAUCUGAAAAGGAAAAAUCGUAUUUCUUAAAAACUCUGUAUUGAACGAAUCCUAUGGGAAGCACUUUGUUACUCUUUCUAAUAAAAAGUAUUGCCAUCAUUGA